AUGGUACUCUCUGAGAGAGGAUGGAAUGCUUCUGAGCGCAAACGCCGGUUUGAGGAAGACCUAAUGUUUGUUUCAGACGAGUCGACCAAGAACGAAACUCCGGAGCGUCAACUCUUUAACCCUGAUCGUCCACCACGCCUGUUACCACGGAAAAGAAGGCAGACGCUGGUGAGCGUACCAUCAACUUCAUCGACUCCGACACGGUCGUUUGCUUCACCCUCGUUUGCUUCACCCUCGUUUGCUUCACCCUCGUUUGCUUCACCCUCGUUCGGAUCACCACGACGCAAGGUAGCACCCAAAGUCAAGACGGAAGAGGAAGUGACAGCCCACGCAUGUCUGCAAGAAAGACCGAUGGCAGAGCGAGUCAAAAUCUAUGUUGGGCCCAAGAAUAGGGUGUUUACGGUGGGAUUACAAGACCUGGACAAGUCAACGGUGCUAAAAUCACUGAUGAACCAAGAUACAACGGAGGGUGCGUACAUCAUGCAUCCGGAGCUAACAAAGAUCAAUGCGGAUCAUUUCCAGUCUGUCUUCCAAUACCUCCUCAUGGAUGAAUAUGUGCCGGCCAUCACAAGCAACCCAGACGGUCCCGACAGGCUUCCCAAGCAGCUCGACGGGCUGACGACAGCGGAGGACUAUCAAACGGAGGCACUGAGGGCCGGCCGUGUAUACGUGAUCGCCAAAGGACUUGGAAUGGCAAGCUUGCAGGAUUUGAUCCUACGGAAGAUCACGGAGGCCCAGUACCAGCCAUAUGGGAUCAAGUGCCACCUUGACCUAGCCAUGGUUGUUUUCUCAAGACCGGAAAAGAGUGAAUUGCUGAAGGGCAAGAUCAACAUGAGCCCGGGUGAGGAUGCGCUGGAGGAUUGGCUGGUGGAGUCACUGAAGGACCGGUUGCAAGCGAUGCUCAUCCACCACGCGAGGCUGUUUUUCCAGGUUGCGAACCACGGCGCCUGCGCCAAAAGGGGCUUCGGGACCAGAAUAUUCAGGCGCAAGGUGGAAGAUUGGGAAGAACUUGGAGGGGAAGUGGUGGCCAUCGAAGACGACGAGUGA